CCCCGCCCCUUCCUCGCGUGCGUCACCCGCUUCUUCCUCCUCCUCCUGCUCGUCUUCGCCUUGGGACCUUGUUGGCUGAGGGGAGGCCUCGCGAGGGGCUGUUCAUGGAAGAGAUGUCUGGAGAAACGGUGGUGAGCACUGCAGUGCCAGCAGCUGCAACCCGCACCAUGUCCUUCAAAGGCGCCAGCCCCAGUUCCAAGUAUGUGAAGCUGAACAUCGGCGGGGGCCUGUACUACACCACCAUGCAGACGCUGACCAAGCAGGACACCAUGCUCAAGGCCAUGUUCAGUGGUCGGAUGGAGGUCCUCACCGACAGUGAAGGCUGGAUUUUGAUUGACCGCUGCGGUAAACAUUUUGGGACCAUCUUAAACUACCUGCGUGACGGUGCUGUACCCCUUCCAGAGAGCCGGCGGGAGAUAGAAGAGCUGCUGGCAGAAGCCAAAUAUUAUUUGGUCCAAGGUCUGGUGGAUGAGUGCCAGGCUGCCCUACAGCAGAACAAAGAAGUCUACGAGCCCUUCUGCAAGGUGCCCAUCAUCACGUCCUCCAAAGAAGAGCAGAAACUUAUAGCCACAUCAAACAAGCCAGCGGUAAAAUUGCUGUACAACAGAAGUAACAACAAGUACUCCUACACCAGCAACUCCGAUGACAACAUGCUGAAGAACAUUGAGCUGUUUGACAAGCUUUCGCUGCGCUUCAACGGGAGGGUCCUCUUCAUUAAGGAUGUCAUCGGGGACGAGAUUUGCUGCUGGUCUUUCUACGGACAGGGGCGCAAGAUAGCGGAAGUCUGCUGCACGUCCAUUGUGUACGCCACAGAAAAGAAACAGACCAAGGUUGAAUUCCCAGAAGCCCGGAUCUAUGAGGAGACAUUAAACAUUCUGCUUUAUGAAGCCCAAGAUGGACGAGGCCCUGACAACGCGCUGCUGGAAGCAACUGGAGGGGCAGCCGGCCGAUCGCACCACCUGGAGGAGGACGAGGAGCGGGAGCGCAUUGAGCGGGUCCGCAGGAUCCACAUCAAGCGCCCGGACGACCGCACUCACCUGCACCAGUGAGAGAGAGAGAGAGAGAGAGAGAGAGAGAGAGAGAGAAGCCAGCCUCAGCCCACAGUUCUGUCGGGGCAAAAUCUCCGUCCAGGCUCAUUCCAGUGGCUGCCAGGCACCUAACUUAUAUUCCAUGAUGUCUAUAAACUUAUUUUAUGAACAAACUAGAGUAUUUUUGGUAUGGAACACGGUAGUUUUAUCAUGAAAAUCCAUGAGGUGUCCAGAUCCACAGCAAUCCUGCGGACUUGCUCCAGCCUCUGGGAAUCAAUGCCUGUCGGUUUAUCCAGCACUUCUUGUUCCCGCUCUCUUGUGCCUCAAGAGGAAUCUUCCUUCUGCAGGGGCAUUUCAGUUUCUGCAUUUUGCAAAGGCAGCCGGCAGCCUCUCCCCACCUGGUGCUCUCUGGAAGCUUUGGACUCACAGCUCCCAUCCUAAUGGAGUUGUAGUCCAAACCCCUCUGGAAAGUGCCAUGUUGCUGGGGAUAGCUGUGCUAGCAAAACAAAGAUGUUGCCUGCCUCUCCAUCUCACUCAAGUCCAGAAAGUCAAGAAAGACAGCUCAACUUCCACACCCCUCCCACUUUCUCUUCCUGGAAGUUAAAACGGGAGAGAUGAGCUCCUCUCAAUUCAUGCACUGUGACAAAAUCUACAGUAGAAACCCCUUUGCUUGCUUUGGCACCAAGUUGCUAAUUUCCUAAGUGCAGGUGUAACUUGUCUGUGAACGGAGACGGGCACAUUGUAUCCUUCCGCUUCCCUCUUUCUUUUUGGACAUGGGCAGAGGAGAGGUGGUCCUCUCUUGGCCACUCUUUAGGGAAAUGUACCUGCAGCAGGACCCCAUGUUGUCUUGCCUCUUCACAAGUUAACAUUUGGUGUGUUUAUUUGUUUGUUUUUUCAUGCUGUGACAGUUUUUCCACAACAAAAGUCCAAGCAAUGCCUCUUCCCAUUUCAGACAGGCUUUUACAAUUCUCGUUUUCCCACCCAAUUCCAUGCAGACAAACCCUGCUGAUUCUGGGAGCGCGUCGUGUUUCUCCUUCCUUCCAUCCCAUCUUGGGUGUGUGAGCCUUCAGAAGUUGCUCUGGCCCGUUUUGUAGGUGGGACAGAAACAAAAUUGUGAACUUGCCAUGCCACUGUCUUUGCCGUUUCCUGCUCUCUUCUUUUGUAACCCAAGGCAUGACUCAAAAGUGAGAGAACCUACAGCACAGGGUGGGGAGAGCAAGGGGUUGUCCUACUUAUCCCUCCAGCCC